UCGAAUUGAUUCAAAAAUGCCGGUUAUUUUUGUGAUUCCGUUUAGUUUAUUAAAUUGAAAUAUAAAUGUUAUAAUUCUUUCUGUUAAUACUAUCGUAGCAUAAGUUAUAUUAGUUUAGGGCGUAAUAUCUUUACAGUAAGGUAACAAUACCUCAUUAGAAGUUUUUUUAUGCUUAAAAGUAUCCUUGGAAUUUAAAACAAAAAAAAUGGAUAACAUGUUUGAUGAUGUAGAACCAGAGCAAAUUGAAGUUGAAGAUGUUUUUCGCACAAUCUUCUCUGCCUGUGAUCCAGAGAACACCAAUUUAGUUCGCGUUUCCAGACUAAUAGAGUUUAUUAAACCGUUUCUCUCUGAAGACCUAAACCCUUUGGAAGAUUUAAGGUCUACAUUAGACCCUGACGGAACAGAUAUUUUAGUAAAUGCCAGCACAUUUUAUGAAAUUAUUGGCCAGUGGAGUCAAAAGCUUAGCUCAACCUCGCCCCAAAAAGAUGAUGACUUUAAUCAAUCCAGGAAUCUCUCAACGGAACCAAAGGAUUUAUCCUACUUACACUCAACCCCAAGGACAAGCUUAGGCGAUAAGCUUCUCAAAUGUAAAGAUUUACUCAAUAUGUCUAAUGUUUCUGGUUAUAGUUUAUCCACCAGCCACUGUGGACCUGGAGAUUUUAAGCUGCUGGAACCUGAGACAACUCAGCUAGAAGAAGAGAAAAAGGAAUUGGAACACCAAUUAGCAAAAAUUUCAAAGGAAUUGCUGGUGACUAAACAUAUGUUGAAAUUAGCAGAAGAACAAUCAGACAAGUUGCAAGAUGACCUUAACAGGGUCAACAGAAGACUUCUGGAGGAGCAACAAGUCAUAGAACACUUACAAAAGAACACAAAUAAUGAUGAAGACCUUAAAGAUGAAAUAAACAGGUACAAGAAUUAUAUUGCAGAACUUAAAAAGAAAGUAACAGACCUUGAACAGGAUAAUGCUGAGUUUAGAAAACUGGUGGAAGAUGUUGAAAAAGAGAAACUGAAAGUAGAGAAAAAGUUAAAUUCAUUGUCUACUGAACAUGAGGCUUGCUUAACAGCACUGUCGGAUGUCACCCUGGCCAUGGACAAUAUGAGAAAAAUGAUAGAUGAAAAAUUGCAAGAGAAAGAGAGCAAAUUGGAGAGAUUUGAAAGGUGUUUUAAGGAACUUCAAGAUUUGGUGGAGAUGCUUGAGGAAAAAAAUUUGGCUUUAAUCAGCGAACUAGCAAAAUGUAAAUCUGACAAAUCAACAAGCUGUGCCCACUCGAACUUGGGCAAAUAUUUCGAUCCACCAUCACCAAGUACAAGUCAACACUCCAGUCCACAAAAAAUGAGUGCAAGACCAAAAUGUGAGUCCCUACAUUUACUUAAGAGGGCGCUUAAUCGUUUUUCAAGUACUCCCCAGGGCGAACAUUCUAUAUUGAAUACUAGCCUACCGUCAUAUUUGAAAACCCCUGUGUGUAGCCCUUUGGAUCCAGGCAGCAGCGAGGAAGAUCUAAUGUCAAAAUUUCACAAUUCUGGAAACACUUCCAACUCUGAGAAGAAUGGCCAACAGUCUCUGUGGGCUGAAAUGAGUAAAGUUGACCCUAGGAGGUACAGCGCCAUUUUAAAUGACACGGAAUUGUUCGAAAAAAACGAACAAAUAACAGAGUUGGAAUAUAAAGUUGAAACUCUGGAAAAAGAACUUGACGAGUUAAAAAGUAAGAACGGCGAAUGGGAGAAACUCGCUGCAGAUUUAACCGGAAAUAAUGAAGCUUUAUGCGGGGAGAUUGAUGAUCUGAAAGUAGCCAUACAAGAGAAAAACGCUGAACUGGAAUGCUUGAGGAAUGAGCUGGAAGAUGCAAGAAAGCUAACAAAGAUUGGUGUAGAGGCAGAUUUGGAACCCACGAUAACCGACAAUAAAAAACAUCUUGCUGCAGUAACAACAUUUCUCCAAGCCGAAAAAACCUCUGCAGAUGAGAAGCUACACAGCUUAAUAAACCACCUUGGUAUAUCCGAAAACUUUCAGGAAGUCCAAGAACUUAAAGGGAUCAUAGACAAACUGUUACAUCAGAACCGAGAGUUGCACGAAGAGAACUUUACGGCCAAGAAAAAGGCGGAAAUUAUGACGGCAAAAUGCCAGAAUUUGAUGCAGAAAAUCGCGGUUUUACAGGAUGAAAAUUCAUGGGUAGCAGAGGUGGAAAAGGAAAGGAAUAAAAGUAUGGAAGCGAGAGAGAAAUAUGAGAAGGAGCUGAUAGAAUAUAAAGAAACCAUAGAAAAAAAAAUGGUGGCCGACUUCGAAAACAGAACAAAACACUCUCUGGAUUCCGAAAAGAAAAUUCACAAGCUUACGCAAAGUCUACACGAAAAAACCUUGAAACUAAAAGACGCCGAAACCCGCAUUGAAGACUUAUCGAACCAGAACAAACUGAUCCAGCAGGAAAUCGACGAGUGUCGCGAGCUAAAGGACAUUUUAGAAAUAAAACUAAUCGAACUACAAACCCAAAACCAAGAGGAACGAAUCAAGAUAAGUAACAUGGGCGGCUUAUGUACGGACAUAACCAGUUUCGUAAAAGACAAAAACCGCGUGAUUGAGGAGUUAAAAAACCUCAAUACGACUUUGGAACGUAAAUUAAACGAGGCCCACGCGGACUUAAAACGGAAAAUCGAAACUCUAUGGGAAAUGCAACGCGAUCUGGCCAAAGGGGAUGAGGUGAAAAACGAACUUUGGACCAAAAUGAAAUCGUUGGAAAAUGUCAUAAACGUUAAAAUAAGCGAAAUAAACCGGCUAGAAAUAAACAGUGAAUUCCAAAAGGUCGAAUACAGUAACUUACUUAUUAUCCACGACCUGGAACUGAACAAAAACGCGUCACUUGAGAAUAAUUUGAAAAAGUGCCAGAACGAAUUGUUACAAGUAAACGAGAUUUUAAGCGAAUCUGAGGCGAAAGCACAACGUUUAAGUGAACAAUCGGCAGCUUUACAGACCCUCGUGAUCGAGUAUGAAACGGCCGUAAGCCAAAUCAAGAAAACUUAUUCAGACUACAAAGAGUCUCAGCAAAAGAAGCUUGAGGAAAAAUGCGAAGAAAUUCAAGCACUACAGGCCCGUCUUAAGGAAUAUACCGACGCAGAAAGAGCUGAUGUGGAUGCACAAACGAUCCUCGAUGAUAUCCCGGACUUGGACCAGUUACUAAACGAAUUGAAAGCGAAACUCAAUAACGAAAUGGAUAAAAACAAACAGUUAACCGAAGAUUUACUACAGUUGCAAAGUAACUAUUCAGAAAACGUUCAGGAACUUGAGAGAAUGCGUCAAAAACUUGAAGAUAAUGAACUGGACAUGUCUCAGAGGCUUCAGGAAAACCAUAAUUUGCUUAAUCACCAACUACGUGAAACGAAAGAGUAUGCUAAAAAUAAGAAUAAAGAGCUAAAUUUAGUAAAUAUCGAGUUACUUGAGACUAAGGAAAUGUUGGCUAAACAAGACCUUUUGAUACAGAAUCAGCAAAAUAAAUUGAGAAGGAAAGAUGAGGAAAUGGCCAAAAUUGAAAAAGAAUUGGGACGACUGCAUUCAGAGAUUUUGGACUUAGAAGGGAGCAAUAAGAAGCUAACCGCUGAAAAUGUUCGGCUAAGCCAAAACCUGCAAAAUAUCGAGACUACUUUGACUGAUGAAUUUAACAAACGUCUUAAAGAUCUUACGUCGGAAUUGAAUAAGAAAAAAACGGAAGUGGAAGAACUUCAAAGCGAAAAUACAACUGUCAGAGAAGAACUGCUAAAAAUACAGGAAGAUAAUCAGAAUCUUCGAGUUCAAGCAGAAGCAGUUAAACAGCUUCAAAAGGAUAAAAAAGAAUUGCUGGCUAUAAAAGAUGACUUGGAUCAAGUUAUGGCAAAUCUUAUUGAAGAAUUAAACGGCAAAAAGAAGGAAAUAGAAGAGGUUCAAACCAGAAACUCAACUGUUAGAGAAGAACUAGAAAAAGUCCAGGAAGAAAAUAGGAAUCUUGUUGCCCAAGCUUCCUUAUCAGCUUAUGCCCAUAAAAACCUUCAAAAAGAACUUUUGGCUACAAAAGAAUCUAAAGAUGACUUAAACGCAGUUAUCGUAAAUCUGACAGUGGAAUUAAACGACAAAAAGGUGGAAAUAGAGGACCUUCAAAGCAAAAACUUGUCUGUGGGCCAACAACUAGUAAAAAUGCAAGUAGAAAAUAACGAUCUCAUUGAACAAGUCUCUUUAUCAUCUCAUGAAUUGACCAACCAAAAAGAACUCACCAAGGAGCUUCAAGAAGACAAAGAAAACUUAUUGAGGGAACUGUCAACUGUAAAGCAAGCCAAAGAGGACGUGAACCAAGAGUUGAUCACUUUAAGGGAAACUAAUUCAUCUAUAAUAGUGCGCCUGCAAGAAGAAGAAACAAAAACCAAACACCAGUUCGAACAAUAUUUAACGUUAAAACGUGAAAAUGAUAAUUUACGUUUCGAACUGAAAGAGUGCGAGGCCCUCUUGCAAAACAGCCAAAUAAUAUCGCACAAAAAGCAACAAGAGCUCGCCGAAUAUAAAGUGAAAUGUGUGGAAAUGGAGGCGAAACUAAACUGCCAAAAAGAAAAACUCGACGAUUUAGAAGCGAAUUACGAUCUGUGUGUUAAGCAAGUCAAAACCGUUACAGCGGAACGCAAUAAGUUAUCAAACGAUUUAGAAAAAGUUACUGGGAAAACGAAGACUUACUCCAAGCAGCAAGUCAUGAUCGAAAGACUAAAAGUGCAAAUCGAAGAGCUGGAGCUAAAGUUGCGGCAGAAAACCCUCUCGAGUGAAGAGUUAACGGCCAAACUGACAGCCCAUGAGGAAUUGUCCACUUUGAACGAGCACAUUUUGGAAAAACGGAUGGAAUGCGAAAUGUUGGAGUUACAAGUGACAAGUUCUAAAAGUCACGUGGAGGCCCUCGAGGAUCGACUCAGUAUUUUGGAAGCUGAAGUGCAAAAUGCUAAUAGGAGGUUACAAGAGAAGAGAGGGAGUUGUGUGGAAGUUGGUACUCAGACUAUGAAGCAAACGCGUGAAUCGAAGCCAAUCAAUAAAUUCACACUAUCAAAUCAGUCGGAAGAUUUGGACCUGCCGUGUUUCGGUGCAGACUCACUGGCACACCUAAGGUUCCCAUGCGCUCCAAUUUCAGCCCAUAGUACCCAUACUGAGUCUUGCGUGGAAGUGCCUUCGAUAGACGUAAAAGGGUUUGCUGAUAUUAUUGAAGAGUUGGAUUUGGCGGAGCUUUCUUCCAGUCAAUCCUUAAAGGACCUCGAAGAAAAAGUGACAGCAUUAACCCUAAGACUCGUAACAAAUUCAGAUACUUUAAGCAAAAGGAUAGAGAGCCACACCGAAAAGUACAGAAGUCAAUUCGAAAAGGCGGUAUUGCUCAUUUCGGACAUUUCAUAUCGAUUAAGGGACCACGUGUGUAUUGGUACAGCUGAACCGAUCGCCCCAGUGUUCGUACUAUUGGAGGAAGUGAAACAGAGCAUGAGCAACAUGAUCCAGGACGCGGGACAAGUUGGCGCGUUGAUAUGCGAAAACAGAAUGCGACCCUGCUGGAAUUUGUUCAUUAAUUAUUCGGCUUUACUGAGGCAGGAAAGUGAGGCUUUGGCGAACAUUUCCAGGGAAACCACGACAACGCAAACUGGUAAAGUCCGAAAAAGAAGCAAAUUUACCCAAGACCAGAACCAUGAUACAGAAGAGAAGUUGGUACAAAGAAGGUAAAACUAAUAAUGUUGGAGUCGAUUGGGUCGUUGCUCGAAAUUCUGUAUUAUGGCGCUUUUGGUGGGGUUUGUGGCCGUAGCGGCGGGUCUACUGUUAAACUUGAACUGCAGACUGUCCGCAUCGCCACAUCAACAUUGUCCCUUGGACAGUCUGGCGCAAAGAAUAAGUAACGGAUUUCCGCCGAUGUAGCGAUUUAAGUAGUUUUUGAAUAUUAAACGUUUUAUUAUG